AUGGUUCAACCAGCUCCAUAUUUAUUAGGUCGUUUUUUGGAUCCAAUUUUUGCUAUUGGCGUGGGUACCCUAAGUUAUAUCCAAUACGAACGUAAUACCCAUCGAGAACCUGGUCAUACUUUAUAUGAUUUAUUACAAAAGAAAUUUUUUGCUACUAAGGAACAAACACAAGAAAAGAAAUAG